CCAGAAAACCUGUGCUGUAAAGGCCCCAAGCUGGGAUUCGAACCUGCGACCUUCUUGCUGUGAGGUGACAGUGCUACCCCCUGCACCACCAUGCCGCCCAACUCAAAACCAAUCAACUAAAAAAAAAAUUUUUACAUUUUAAAAAUCAUGAGAAUCCAGUAUAUUUUCAAAAGAUCAUCAGACCAUUCACGACUGUUUUUCAAAAUAACAAGACCAGGUUAAAACCUAGUAUAUGGCUGGACCUAACACAUGUGAUCCGACCAACCAAUGGUGUAACUUCAUCACUUCAUCACACAGUCAGUCAGUCAGUCACAGACAUUUGGCUGUUGCGGUCCAGCCAAAAAAUGCGAUGAUCACGGUUCGCAUAUUUUUCAUGGGGAUGAAUGUCAAGCACCGAUGACGGAAUCAAUAUCAAUCAAGAACAAUUUGACUGCGUCUUCUCAUUUCAGCUCUUAAAAACAAACUACUUUUUCUGAAGCUCUUGCGGAAGUCAUUGGUCAAGGUUCUUGAAAUUCCACUUCACCGAGUACUUGUCUGAGGAGGUACAAGUGUCCUUUCACCGCAGAGUGUCUGUUUCAUCAUCAUCUCGGUUCAGAAGCAGCUCUUUGCCAAAUCCGGCACACUCAAAAUGCCGGUUUUAUGUCCUUCUUUCAUUGAACUAGAGCUUGCAACAGGAUGCAACGUCUUAAAACAGUAUUUUCAGAUUGUAAUGAUUUUGAAAUCUAAUAAUAAAAAAAAUUUGUUCAUAACCCAAAACUGUUUGGUGUAUUAAAUGCAGUUAACCAAGUUAAGGACCUGCGUACAUCCAGGUUUAAUGAAAAUGGUCGGACACGUGAGCAUUCACAAAGGGAAUGAGUGUUCAUGAGUGUUGGCUUUCAAAGUGGCCUGUGUACCACGUGACUUCUCUCUGAUCAUUUUCUACCAUUCCUGUCCCUUUGUAUUUUUGGGUGGACCGCAACAGCGGGGCCAGCCCCGUAAACGCGAAUGUCUGUGACUGAGUCACUGAGCGAUGAAGUUACACCGCGCGUGUCUGUGACUGAGCGAAUGAGUGAUGAAGUUACACCAGUGGUCGGCCGGUUCGGUCCAGCCAUACACUAGGUUUUGACAUGAUCUUGUUGUAGUAACAUUAAUAAACCGCGUCUGCAAGCUUUCUGUUGGUAUUUCAUGUGACAUAAUUUUUUGAAACUUGAAUAAAAUUCCAUGCAACCCUUUCUCCAGGUUUCUGUUCUAAUGGGGUGUCACGGGAGGAGAGGAGGUCUUCACCGUCUUUCACUUCACUGGGCUACUUUCCUCGAAGUCCUUUCGGUGUUAAUGCUCUCUGUACAAAUAUGCUCUUCAUUUAAUAACUCUGAUGUUGCAUUUUACAGAUCAUACAUGGCAUAUAAAAAUACAAAAACUAUUCAUGAAAUGGGAGUAAAUGCAGCCGCAACAAUAUCGCUCAGUGGUAGGCAGCGUGCAAAGACUUAUCCACGGGCGUAAACCACAUACAGAGAAUCGCUGGGCGGUAAUUGUCCCAGUUGUGAUGUCAUCCUGCGCGAGCUGCAGGGGCCGGGGAGGGCUCUUAGGGGAGUCGUGCACGGAGAGCAGCCGCCCGCAGACAGAAAUCCUCAAAGUUCGCAACACUCAAUCUCUGUAGAAACCUACCGGCGUUUCUUUUUAGUUUUUAUUAUUAAUUAAUAUUUUUUGUAAUACUAACCAGGGAGAGCGGGAAGUUAAAAAAAAAAAAAAGCUAGACUAUCGGUUUCUCCAAGUCUCGCGGACGAUGGACAGCGGUGUUGUGGAAAUCUUUAAGGACGACAGGUGCUUCCCGGUCCUUUCCGAGGAGUGCUCUCCAAAUUCCACAUGGCAGUCCGCAUCACCCGACAGUUACAACCACACAGCCAACGGCAGCUCGCCGAGCGAACCGGUGUCCCCCAUCAUGCCCCUCAUCACGGCGGUCUAUUCCGUGGUCUUCGUGGUAGGACUAGUGGGGAAUUGCCUUGUAAUGUAUGUUAUCAUCAGGUACACGAAGAUGAAAACGGCCACCAACAUCUACAUCUUUAACCUGGCGCUGGCGGACGCGCUGAUGACCACCACCAUGCCCUUCCAGAGCAUGGGCAACCUGCUUGACUCCUGGCCCUUCGGUGAGGUGGUGUGCAAGGUGUGCAUCUCCAUCGACUACUACAACAUGUUCACCAGCAUCCUCACGCUCACCAUGAUGAGCGUGGACCGCUACGUGGCCGUGUGCCACCCCGUCACCGCGCUGGAGUUCCGCACGCCCGUCAAGGCCAAGAUCGUCAACGUGGCCAUCUGGGUCCUGUCCUCCGCCGCCGGGGUCCCCGCCCUGCUGCUGGGAGGCACCGAGACCGAAAACGGGACCACGGAGUGCGCGCUGCAGUUCCCGGAGCCCUACCUGUACUGGGACACGCUGAUGAAGCUGUGCGUGUUCCUGCUGGGCUUCGUGGUGCCGGUGCUGAUCAUCACGGUGUGCUACACGCUGAUGGUGCUGCGUCUGCGCAGCGUGCGGCUGCUGUCGGGCUCGCGGGAGCGGGACCGCGGCCUGCGGCGCAUCACGCGCCUGGUGCUGGUGGUGGUGGCCGUGUUCGUGGUCUGCUGGACGCCCAUCCACAUCUUCAUCCUGGCCAAGGCGCUGGGCCGCGUGCCCGAGACGCCCGGCGUCAUGGCGUCCUACUUCUUCUGCGUCGCCCUGGGCUACACCAACAGCUGCCUCAACCCCGUGCUCUACGCCUUCCUGGACGAGAACUUCAAGCGCUGCUUCCGGGACUUCUGCCGCGGCCCGGGGCUGAGCUCCGAGAGGCCCAGCAUCAGCCGGGGGCGGAGCACCCUCCGAGACUCCGCCCAGCAGGGAGCGGAGGCGGGGCCCUGCGCCGGUAAGCCCGUAUGACUAACCGUGGAGCUGUCCUCCUUCCCCCCCCGCCGUGGCCGCGACGACUCCAACGGCCUGGGAGAAACUCAGGUCACCACCGCCCUGUAGUGCCCCUGUGUGGCCUGUAGCCUCCGUUAGGUCAAAGGUUAGAGGUUAAAGGUGAAAAUCCCCGCAUCUCAGACCCCGGUCCAAAACAGAGUUCUCACUCUCUCCAUCGCUGCCUAGCAACUAAUCCUUCUAAUGAGCACAAGGCAGCAUAGCCCCUUAAAAAGGGUCACCCCUUGUUCGGAGGUCCCGUCUGAACACUCGAAAAUAGCUCCCUCUCUCUCCCUUUCUCAUUUCGGUCAUCUGAAGUGACUGGUGAUUGGCUGGAUGACAUUUCAGCCAUGUUGCUUUGGCUUGUCCAUGUAGAUGAAGGGCCUAUUCCAAUCGCUUAUUUUAUCCGUCCUUGUCUCCUUGGUCCUUGACUGAAAUCGAUUGAGGUCCACCAUCUCCAACAGAGGUGACUGAAAUAUAAUUUAUUGUGCAAUAUUUCAUUUAAAAAGAGAGCAAGGGUUGUCUAGAUUUUUUCUAUAACUGUAUGACGUCCAGUAAGUGAAAAGGGCUUGUUUUUUUUUUACAAAAUCUUACUGUGUGUGGUGUGAUGUCUCUCCUCUCUUACUGUUGGAGUGCAGUCAUAAAUCUGACUUUUAAUGAGGAUGUAUUACAAGUAUGGGGCAUAGCAAUGCCACAUUAGAAAGGGGCAUGAACAUAAAAAGUUGUCAAAUGUAUUUGAUUUUGAUAUGAUUCCAAACUAUUUGAAAGAUCUAUUCUGUAACUCUAUCUCAGAUCUCCAACAGUAAUUUGGGAGGGCCAAAGUGUCUGCCAGUUUUUGGAUGUGUUCCAGCUGUUGGAUGAUUUGUUUGUCACUGAUUGGCUAAAUUGUGACCUUAAUUAAAAUUGGUUGCUAAUUGAAAGGAAACCACAAAACAAGUAAAUGUGUAGACCGGAAAAGGAGAUCCCUGGUCUACCUCAAAACCCCCCCUCCCCCACCACCCUUCCCUCCUUGACUAUCUGUCCAGUCUGAAGUUUGCCAGAUUGGUUCAGAAUUUCAACCACCCCCUCAAAGAACACUCUUGGCUAUGCUGCUGGUUGCACUGCAGAUCCAUGAUACAGCCAUUUUUAUGUUCCCGGAAUGAACAAAUAUUUGCGUGUGAUUACCACCGCCUAAUCAGGUUAUGCAAUGACGUCUCUCCAUCCGUUUAUCCGUCCAUCCGUGACAGACACAUCUGGAAAAGUAAUGGUCAGAUUGCCGUGAAAUUUGCUGUGCACAUUAUUGUUCCCGAGAAAAAGAAACGUAUUGAUUUUGGUGACCCGAUAACCUGUCAUCUAGCGUCACCAUCAGGCCAAACAUAUCUCAAAAAGUGAUGACUGGAUUGCCAAGGCUGGAUUGCUGUGCACAUUCAUGUGAGGAGGGGCUGUUGUGCCUCAGCGAAAGUCUGAGUCGAUCCUUUCUAGACUUAUAAGAAAAUAAAAUUGUUACUUUUUUCCCUCUUUCUGGUUUUGAAAUGUAAAGAUGCAGUGGGGAGGUGGAACGCAGUUUCUGUGUUGACAUCAUCUUGACUGUCACUUGUGCUUUCCUCCUGGUGUUCUACUUGUGCAGUCUCUUUUGUAACAAACAUCUGUGGGGUCUAAAUCAUAUUAAUCUCUCACAAACCUGUUUUUUGGACUCUUAUAACACAUAAUAUUAUUAUUUCCUUUUCUAUUGAACUGUUGGUAUCUGUAAAUGUAAAUGGGGAAUUCUCUCUGGGAAAUUGACUGGAAAUUCUAACUGACAUCUCCAAGAGCAGUGUUUCUCAACCCUGGUCCUGGGGACCCACUGCCCCGCAUGUUUUAGAUGUUUCCCUGCUCCAACACACCUGAUUCAAGCUCUGCAGAAGAAGGAUAAUGACCCAUUCAUUUGAAUCAGGUGUGUUGGAGCAGGGAGACAUCUAAAACAUGCGGGGCAGUAGGUCCCCAGGACCAGGGUUGAGAAACACUGCUCUAGAGGCUAAAUAUCCAUGGAUGCAGUGGUCUUUGCGGUCUCACUGACUGAGGUUUCAGAUGGCUAGCUUGUGGGAGUUAGCAUAGCUGUCAGAGAGUAGCGACUGUCCUACCUGAAAGGCAUAGCUUUACACUGACAUGAAAGGUGUGGCUUUACUAUCACGUGUAAGAUAUGAUUUACAGGCACCUGAAAGUUGUGGUUUACUAUCAUCUGCAAGCAAUGGCUCAUUAUCACAUAUCUCAUAAUUGUUGUUUUAAGUCGUGAUGCUCUACUCCUCUGGUUUUUCCACUGUAUAGCUUGUGUUUUCACAUAUUUAAUUAUUUUUCUUUUUUUUUUUGUAAGUCAAUGGGGUAAAAAAAUAUAAACAACAGGAUGGUGAGAUUUUUUUAGAGAAAACUUUCAGAUAAAACGGUAACGAUUUGAAAUUUUGUAGACUUCGUAGACAAAUGCAACUUUCCCUUGUGCUGCCCAACAUUGGUAAUGUAGUGUAAUGCUUAUAGUAAGUGCCAUGGUAUAGGCUAAAUAAACCACUCCACAGCCUGUGGUUCUCAUAUAUAAGCGCUUGUGUGCUGGCGAUUGCACACCUUGUACCACAUUUCCGCCUCUGGCUUGUGUAUAUACAUACAUUUUAUACAACCUUUUUUGGCCAUCUGUAUCAAGAGUACUGAUAAUUAUGGGCCUGACUGUAACAUUGUGAGAAACACACAAUUUGUUGUUGCUUAUUCAUUUACUUAUAGAUAUGCAAAUAUUUGCUCGUUUGCAUGUUUAUAAGGGUAGUUGAUUGCACUCAGUCUGUGGACAAUCACAUGAAAUAGUGGCACAUGUCAGUGCUAUGCUGAUAUGAAUUAAUGAGCAGGUACUGGUGCCAGAUGUUCAUGCGCUUGUAAAGUUUUUGAACAAUGUUAUUGUCCUUGACCGUGAUAAAAAUAAAUCAGCUUGUGAAAUCAGUGACUUGUGACAUUGCAUCUGUUCUGCCGUACUGCAAAUGGCUUGUGGGUUCCUACCUGUAUUUAUUGUAUAUGUUAAAUAUAAAAUAUGAUUUUUAAUUAACAAGCUGCCUAUGCUGUCUCUUACUGUACACGUGGAAUGGUUGUGUAAUUUCUCUUUAUUUUGUUUUGAAAGGUCACUAGCAGUGUGAUAUUAUAAUGUGUAAUAUGUAUUCAUUGUAAUAUUAUAUAUCAAGAAUGCUAUAUUUGCUCUGUUUUAUCUACGCUAUUCGAUGUUAUGCGUAUCCAAAAGAAACGUAUUUUGUAUGCAGUCAGCAAACUUGUGAACUAAUUGUUACAAUGAACUGUUUACUGAACCAGAACAUAAGUAAAUAAAUGAGAAAAAAGAGAAA